AUGUUGUUCCUCAAAAUUUUAUCGAUAUUUUUAUUGUAUUUAGUAAUUUAUGGCCGUGCGAACAAAACAAUUGUGGAUAAAGGUGAUUUUCAAGAGAUUUUAUACCUAAAAUUUUAAUUUUUCCCAUGAAUAAUAUAAAUUUUUCGAAGUUUAGGAAAUAAUUCCACAGAAUCCUCAGAAGAAGACUUCGGACAGGGUUUCUUUGGUGACGAAGGCGAAUCUGAAGGUAAAUUUGCACUUUUUUCUGUUUAUUUUUCCGCUUUUAGAGCAGAUUGAUGACGGCGACAGCGAUGUGAGCGAAGAAAGGAAGCCCGAGGACUUUAUAAACUCGGAACUGACGCCAGUCAAACUGGAAGGGGACCAUGAUCGGCCGGAGGAGACGAUUUCCAUCAUCUCCAGCGCCUUCAACAACAAGUAAUUAUAUUAUUCAUGGCAAAACGGAGGGUUUUUUGUUUAGAAAGUCGUUCAGUUGCCCCAAAAUCAAGUCGGACUUUGUGACGGGCAAGUCGACGGCCGACCUCAGCCCCGAGGACAUUGGGAUUAUCGCGGCGAUGGGGGAUUCGUUGGCGGUAAGAGUUUUUCGAUAUUGUAAUUGAUAUUUUAGUCAAAGAAAAUGGUUACAAAGUCGUUUUUCUGGUCUUUCUUGCCCUCAAAUUGAACUUGGAAGGAAGAAAAAGCUCUGAUCCGCUCUUUGUUAGUGCAAAAUGAACGUCGGUGAUUGAUUUAUCCAUCAAUUUCGACGAAAAUUUGAGAGAAAAGAGCAAAGAACGGAUUUUCGAGACGAAAAAAUAUAUUUUGCCGCCGCUUUCGAGCUUGGCCAAGUGGGAAAAUGUCACGGAAAAAUGGCCGAGAAGGAGCGGCCGCGAGGAAUUUUGCAAAAAAUGGAAAUUUAUAUUAUCCAUGACGUUUUCGUGGUCCAAAAGAAAAUUUGGGCUAAUUUCAUGGGAAAUUGUGGUAUAUAAUUGAGAACUGAGACGAUUUAGGAAAAUGACGAUUAGAGAAACCGAAAAGUAUUACUUUUCUUCUAUGCAAGUGUCGAAAUUGGGAUAAUCGAUGGUGCUGAUUCCGAAAAUGACAUUCAUUUUUUUGAUAGUUAUUUUUUCCAUAGUACUGUAAAGUAGUUAUUUUUUGAUUUUUUUUCAUGAAUACUCGAUUUGGGGGGUUUCGAUGGCACUGCUUUCAAAACAGAAAAAAUGAAUAAGAUUUUCGAAAUCAGCAUCAUCGAAAACCCCUAAAUCGAGUACUCAUGAAAAAAAAUCAAAAAAAUUACUACUUUACAGUACUACUUGAGGAAAAAAGUAACUAUCAAAAAAAAAAGAAUCUCAUUUUCGAAAUCAGCACCCUCGAUUAUCCUAAUUUCGUCACUUGCAUCGAAGAAAAAUAAUACUUUUCGGUUUCCCCAGUCGUCUUUUUCCCCAAUCGUCCCAGUCCUCAAUUAUACACCACAAUUUACCGUGAAAUUAGCUCAAAUUUUCUUUCAGACCACGAAAACGUCAUGAAUAAUAUAAAUUUCUAUUUGUUGCACAAUUCCUCGCGGCCGCUCCUUCUCGACCAUUUUUCCGUGACAUCUUCCCACUUGGCCAAGCUCGAAAAUUUUCCAUUUUUCGCCAAUCGUCCAACUACAUACAAUUGAUGUUUUGGGUAGCACAAAUAAUUUAGGACCUAUAUUUUUAGACCGGCCGAGGUCUCUGGCCCAGGACCGACAUCGAUUUUCGUGGCGCCGCUUUUCCGAUCGGCGGAGAUGCCACAAUUGAUGGAUUAAUCACGAUCCCUAAUAUUCUCCGCGAAUUCACCUCCGAAGACAGUCUUCAUGGGGUCUCGCAUGGCAUGGGAGGGACGAACGAACUCCCGGCACAUCAAUUAAACGUCGCCGAGAGCGCCGCCACCACCGGAACCAUGCCGAAACAGGCCAAGGAGUUGGUAAAACGGAUCAAAACCAUGAAAGAAGUGGAUUUAUAUAACACUUGGGCCAUGGUUAUCAUUACAAUAGGGACGGAGGAGGUAUGAUUUUUAUGUUUUGAUGACUUUUGCAAGGAAUUUGAGGCUUUUUGGUAGUUUGGACAUUAAUUUAUAUUACACUACCUUCAGGUGUGCGGGAACUGCUCUGUGCCGGAUACGGAAGCCCUGAUCAAAGCCGUGGAUAUUCUGAAAGCUGGAAUACACAAGGCUCUUGUCAUUUUACUCGGUCCCAUCCAUGUUUCAAGCUCUUAUCAUCAAAAAGCAAACCUUUUAAAGUAAGCAUACCUAAAGUUAUAUCAUCAUGAUUUUACCUCUUCGAUUUUGAUGAAACUUGGUCAGAAUUUAGAUUAAGAAAUUCUAAAGUGUUUUGGAAAGUUUGAGCUUGCAAUUUUCAAAGAAUUUCGAGAUUUUUUGAUAGGAAGUCUACAAAAAAUUUUUUCGAUUUCUCCGCUGCGGAUGGAAGUUUUGACCUAAAAUUUUCAGAGGUUAAUUUACGGAGUGUGCACAGUGUUUGUGAUAAGUUUCAUAGAAAUCAAAGAGAAAAAUUUUUGAUGAUCUUCUGACCUAGUGUAAUAUAAUUUUAUGUUUGUAGAACCCGAUGCAGCUGUUCAAAAGACCAAUCAAACGAAUUUAUGGAGAAACUAAGCGCUGAAUGGUCCAGAGCAUUCGCCGAGGUUGCGGAACAUGUCGCGGCCUAUAAGGUAUACCUAAAAUCAGUAAAGCAAUGUAAUUUUGCGCAAUUCCAGAGCAAAAACUUUGGCGUUUUGACCCUCCCCAUGCUCACAAUCACUUCAAGAUAUCCCUAUUCACUGUUCAUUCCAAACAGACCACUAUUGAAUCGACGAGGACAUAAUUACGCGACAAAAUGGCUCUGGAAUCGACUGAUCGCGGGCCCAAAAUACAAUUUAUCCAAAGCUGUACUGUCUCAAGAUGCUUAUUUCUGUCCGUCGGUGGGAUGUCCGUACUUCAGAACGCCCGCCAACUUCCAUAAAUGCUCGAUUUUGAAACAUUCGGAGGCCGAGGAAAUGGAGCGAAAGGCGAAGGAGAUGACUUUGAUGGGGAAAAUGACCCAACACGACCAUUAUAGGCACGCGUUGGGCAUAAUUGGCAUUUCCUCGGUGACUGUCAUCAUAUUUGGCACCUUUUUCUACUACAGAAGCAAAUUGGUAAGCGAUUCUUCGGAGGAAUUUUGAGGUUUUUUGGGAUCAGGUCCCCUCAUGAUUAAUAUAAUUGGAUUUCAGGGCACCAGAGGCCGAUUUGACGCCCCACCAGUGCCGGAUGGACUUGUUUACAAGCCCUAUUCGUUGUCGGUCAAGAAAUUAAAUGAAUUGAAUGAGGGCCAGACAGAAGAAGGGACAGAUUCCGCCCUUCUGCGGAGCCGACCACCAAGCGCUAUGCCGUUUGAUGUUUCGCAGCAAAACAUCUUCAAAGAGUUGUCGAGGUGA